AGAGCUGUUUAAUUUGUACCUUAGCACACUGGAAGGCCUUUGUAUUGUCACGGAGGAAAAAUCUUGAAAAGAAACAUUGUCCAUCAUUUAGACACCUAUCGGAGAGUACAAAACGAUUGUUAUUGCAAAUAUUUUAAUACAAAAAUCAUCUGGUAGUGUAAAAAAUUCGUAAUCUAUAUGAUAAUGAUAAAAGGUGUUUUUAUCUUUGUGAUAUAACACUGGUAGACAUUCACGGUUAUACUGUGAAUAGUAUUUAUUAGGAUAGAUAGUGUGGCAGAGGUAAAUAAACCUUUGCUAAUUAAAUAAACGCGAUGGAGUUNAUGGAUUUAGUGAAUGAACUUUGUGACUUGCUGCAGACUCACACCAACCGUGAUAAGGUAGUGAAUCUAGCGAGCUACGCGUUAAAGCUAUGGGGUUCCACCGCAGACAGCAAGGCUCUCAUGACGGCGAGCGGUCGCCUGGCGGCCGCGCGCGCCACUCUUCGCAUGUUCGACGACGCUGCUGCCUUGAAAGCCGCGUUAGCUUACGGGCUUGGACAGAAUGACGGUCCCUUCUGGGGUUCCUUAGGCGUGCUGGGCAGCACGUUCACGCUGGCAUACCUCCAAGCGGAGAAAGCACAGUUCCUCGUCGACACCGGAGUGCUGGUGGUCUCCAAGGACACCGAGUUCCAGAUACGCACCGCCCACAAGCUUUUCUGGUCGCUGUACGCAUUCGUCGGGUUUGUCAGGUCGCUCAGAUCGCUCCACGCGACCGCGCUUGCUCUGAAAUCGCCUCAGCGGACCAAGUGUGCUCCGGCGCGGUACCGGCAAGCGGCGCUGACCACCACCAAGCUGCUUCUUGAUACAGUGCAUGCUGUGAGCUGGUUACCUCCUGGCUGGCUGUGGGGCAGCCGGCUGUCCGUCCCACAAGCGAGUGGGAUCGCCACGACGGCGGCGGUGCUAGGGCUUGUCAUACAUUUUAAUGGGAAGCGGCUGGUGUCUUCGCGGUAGAUGAUUCUUUGAUAAGCAACAUGACGACGUUUAAAAGUUUAAAGAAGACCCAUUCAUUUGCCUGUAGGCUUAGUUAUUUAUUUCAAUUUUGGACUCUAGAUUUGUCUUUAUUAGAGACCGCUCUUAACAUUUAUGGUCGCAUUGUCGCUAAAAUAAAUACAAUAGUAAGGAAGAAUCAAUAAAGCGGCGCGGCACUAACAGGCGGCGCUGACCACCACAAAGCUGUUACUCGAUACAGUGCAUGCUGUGAGCUGGUUACCUCCUGGCUGGCUGUGGGGCAGCCGGCUGUCCGUCCCACAAGCUAGUGGGAUUGCCACGACGGCGGCGGUGCUAAGGUUUGUCAUACAUUUUAAUGGGAAGCGGCUGGUGUCUUCGCGGUAGAUUUGAUAAGUAAGAUGAUGACCGCGGUUAAAAAUAAGAAGUUAUGUAUUUCAAUUUUGGACCAAGAUGUCUUAAAAAAAUUCGUGGAGUGAAAACGUUAAAGCUGAAAUUGACUUUUGAUUAAGUAAUAUUUGUUAUUUAUAUUUUGUUACGUUUGUAUUAUUAUUGUGAAGUUUAUGCACACUUUCACGAUAAAAAUAAUUAAAAUAAUGAUCAUUUACGUAUUUAAUUAUUCGGCAAUCUUAAACUUAAGUAGGUAGGUAUGUUAUAGUACUA